AUGUUUCCAAACACGAAGCUAUCCACGCCCGAUGGCCCGCCGUACCUGCCGACCAUGGCCAUGGUAGGCGGCGAGCCCUCGCCCGCGAUCGACGACCCGAUCGCCGUCGUCCUGCUCCUGCUGUUCCUGCUCUCGGCGGCGGCGCACAUGGCGAUCCUGCGCAUCAACAAGAAGCGGAACCUCAAGUUCGUCUUCUCGGGCAUGCUGUUCGCGCUGUGCCUCCUGCGCAGCGUCUCGCUCGUCGCCCGCAUGGUCUGGGCCUCGUACCCCAAGACCGUCGACGCCGUCAUCGCCGCCAGCGUCAUGACCCAGUGCGGCUCCGUCCUCAUCUUCAUCAUCAACCUCUUCCUCGCCCAGCGCGUCCUCCGCGCCUACCACCCGCGCCUCGGCUCGCACCGCGGCACCCGCGGCGUCGUCUGGUUCCUCAUCGUCUGCGUCAUGUGCUGCCUCGUCAUGGCCAUCGUCGCCACCAUCCACAGCUUCUUCACCCUGGACCCCCGCGCCCGCCUCGCCGACCGCGCCGUCCAGCUCUUCGCCGGCUCGUAUCUGGCCUUUCUGACUUUCCUGCCCGUGCCCGUGGUCGGGCUGGCGGCCGCGGCGCAGCGCGUGAGACGGUUCCGCUUCCGCCCCGUCGAGAAGUUCGGCGCGGGCCGGUGGCGUGCUAAGGUCGGAUUACUCGUCUUCGCAUCGCUCGUGGCGACGAUGGGAGCCGUGUUCCGCGUAGGGGUCAACUUCGACGGCCGUCCCGGCUCCCAGCCGGCUUGGUUCCAUAGUCGGGCGUGCUACUACGGCUUCAACUUCGUCACGGACCUGGUCGUGUCUACCGCGUACCUGCUGGCCCGCUUCGACAGGAGGUUCAUCGUACCAGAUGAUGCUCUGAGCCCAGGGGACUGCUCCCCAAUCGUACCGUCUAUGCACUCUACCUCGUAUAGUAAUCCCAUCAGCGAGUACGCCGUCAUGGGAACUAACGAAGCCGCAACUACGGCUCGAUCCCCCCUUCUCGCAACGAGUCCGGGUCGGACUCGGACUCGGACUCCCACGCCGAUUCCUACGCCUACCCCGACUCCCAUACCGCCUUCAUCCACGCCCCCUCCGCAAACCAUAUCUCCACCCCCCUCCCCAUCGUCCUCACACUCGCACUCGCACUCGCACCGCAAUAAUAACAACACCGCCACAUCCGCAUCCGCAUCCGCAUCCCACACCGACUCCUCCAACACGGCCGUGCGCACGAGCAGCAGCAGCUUCGAGCGGAAACAGCCUUCAAACCAGCGCCCGCACCCGCACCCGCGCUCGCUUUGUUUCUCGUUAUCUCUUUUCCCACCUCUAUCCCAUUCCCAACCACCACCCCAACAACAACAAGAAGGACAACAACAACGACAACAACAGCACCACUACCACUACCACCCCCCUUUCUCUCCCUCCUCCCCCAAGUUCCCCAAAUCCCCCAAAUCCCCUAAAUCCCACAAACCAACCCCAAUGCCCUUCGCCCUGCGCACCCGCACCCGCGCCCGCGCCCGCCGCCGCAUGCGCAUGCGCAUCAAGAGCGAGGCGGACGCGUACGGGCCGGACUGCAGCAACGGGGGCAGCAGCGGGGGGAGCGGGAUGGGACUUUUCGGCGACGGGUUGGGGUUAGGAUUUCUCAGCCGGUACGGGUACGGCGAAGCCGCGCACGUGCAAGAAAUCAUUCGCGAAACCCCAUCCCAGUCCCCGUCCCCGUCCCCGUCCCCGUCCUUGUCCCGCAUCCGCGCCCCGGCCCCCGCGCACCUGGGCCCGCCGAUCCUGCCGGCGCUGGACCUGGACCUGGAGCUGCUGAGCGCGACGCUGCUGGCGCCGGAGGGGUGGGGGUUCGGGGUAGGGAUGGGGGAAGAAGAAGAAGAAGAAGAGGAUGAUGAUGAGGUGGGAAAAGGAGAGGGAGAAGGGGAGGGAAAAGGGGAGGGAAAAGGGGAGGGAGAGGGUAAUAAUAAUAGUAAUGGUAGCAGUGGUACGAGUACAAGUGCUAGUCAGAGCAGUAGUAGCAACGGGAGUAGCGAUGGUAGCGAAUGGAAUAGACGGAACGGCAGCGGCAGCGGCAGCGGCAGAACGUGGAGUCCUGGUUGUCCGCUGGCGCGGGCGAGGACUGUGUAA